UGCCCCACUGACGUCCUUAUUAAGGGGAGGGGGCUCCAAACUGUGUUGGUCUGCAACGACCCUCCAAGCCUUCAAGAACCUGAAGUCUCGCUUCACCUCUGCUCCCAUCCUGCACCGUCCUGACCCCAACACUCCUUUCACAGUUGAAGUGGAUGCCUCUAACACGGGAAUUGGAGCCAUUCUCUCACAACGUCAUGGAACGCCCCCGAAACUCUACCAUUGCGUAUACUUUUCCCAUAAGCUAUCUCCUGCUGAGCAAAACUACGAUGUGGGCAACCAAGAAUUACUGUCUAUGAAAGCGGCUCUAGAGGAAUGGCGACAUUGGCUGGAGGGGGCGAGACAUCCUUUCCUCGUGUUAACAGACCAUCGAAACCUCAAAUAUUUAUGCUCUGCUAAAAGACUGAAUCCUAGGGUGGCUAGGUGGGCGUUGUUCUUUACUCGAUUCAGUUUCACCAUUACCUAUCGUCCAUGUUCCAAAAAUUCCAAAGCCAAUGCUCUCUCUUGUCUGUUUGAGUCUGACACUCAGAACCAGACAUCUGAACCCAUCAUCCCCAUGUCUCUAAUCUUGGCUCCGGUUCAGUGGGAUAUUAUGACCGAGAUCGCCCUAGCUCAGAUUCAGAACCCAACUCCUCCUGACUGCCCUCCAGAGAAAACCUAUGUUCCACGACUCUUCGGGAAAGGACUUUACAAUGGGUCCAUACUACCACCAGUUCCGGACACCCAGGUAUAGCAGCCACACUACAACUGCUUCGGAACCGUUUCUGGUGGAACACCAUUGCCUACGUCAACAACUGUCCCACCUGUGCAGCAAACAAAUCCUCCAGGCAACUUCCUGCAGGACUUCUCCAACCUUUGCCUAUUCCCCAUCAUCCUUGGUCUCACAUCGCCAUCGACUUCAUCACUGAUCUCCCUGUCUCUCAAGGUAACACUGUCAUUCUUUCUGUCAUUGAUCGAUUUUCUAAGUCAUGUCGAUUUAUCCCUCUGCCCAAGCUCCCCACAGCCUUUGAGACUGCAGAACAUCUUAUGCAUCAGGCGUUUCGCUUCUACGGACUACCUGAAGACAUCGUCUCUGACAGGGGUCCUCAGUUUACAUCCCGGGUCUGGAAGGCAUUCUUUCAACAACUCAACAUCAACAACAGUCUCACUUCAGGUUACCACCCUCAAUCAAAUGGCCAGACUGAGCGCUUAAACCAGGAGAUCACACACUUUCUCCGAAUGUAUUGUCACCAGAACCAGGCUGACUGGAGCCGUUAUCUGCUUUGGGCCGAGUACGCCCAGAACUCCCUUCAGAAGCCGUCCAUGGGCAUGACCCCCUUUCAAUGUGUGCUGGGAUUUCAACCCCCUUGUUCCCCUGGUCUGGAGAACCCACAGAGCUACCGGCCAUCAAUUAAUGGCUUCGGCGGAGCAAAGUGGUGUGGGACCAUGCUCAUGUCCAUCUCCAAAGAGCUGUUAGGAGGCAGAAGGAACAGGCCAAUUGUCAUCAACAUCCCAAUCCCGUCUACACUCCCGGCCAAUGGGUUUGGCUGUCCACACGUGACCUUCAUCUCCGUCUGCCUUGCAAGAAACUGUGUAUGUGGGUACUUUCAAAGUUAUUAGACAAAUUACUCUGGUGUCUUAUCGCCUUCAACUGCCCUCUAACUACCACAUUUCUCCCACCUUCCAUGUUUCCCUGCUUACACCCGCUGGUGGCCCGAGGGAGGAGGAGGAGAUCGAUGAUCCAAACCCCCCGCCCAUAAUUGUGGAUGGCGAGGAGGCCUAUCAAGUUCGAGAGCUCCUGGGCUUCAGACAUCGGGGUCGCUUUCUUCAGUACUUGGUUGACUGGGAGAGGUAUGGCCCGGAGGAGCGAUCCUGGAUGCUGUUAUCCAAAGCCAUUUACUGUGCAUUCAAGUCAUGAAGUCUUUCUAUCUGGUUGCCACAUUGAUGUGGUGUUUAAUGGCAAGUUUCUCCUGGGCAGCUAAGAUCGUGGUGGUUCCUCCUAUUAUGUUUGAAAGCCACCUGUAUAUCUUUAAGACCCUGGCCUCUGCUCUACAUGCUGAGGGCCAUGACACAGUCUUUCUGGUCUCUGAAGGUCGUGAGGUCCCACCAUCCACCCAUUACCGUCUUCACCGCUACCCUGGAAUCUUCAACAGCACCUCCGCUGAUGACUUUCUCCAGUCAAAAGUCCGCAACAUCUUCUCAGGUCAUCUUACAGCACUGGAGCUCUUUGACAUCUUGGACCACUAUUCUCAAAACUGUGAUGCAGUUGUUGGGAGUUCUUCUGUCAUGGAACAGCUAAAACGUGAACAUUUUGACCUUCUACUUGUUGACCCCAAUGAGAUGUGUGGAUUUGUCAUAGCUCACAUCCUGGGUGUCCAGUACGCAGUGUUCAGCACAGGACUGUGGUACCCUGCAGAAGUUGGGGCACCAGCACCCCUAUCUUAUGUCCCUGAAUUUAACUCGCUACUUACGGACCGUAUGUCAUUGCUGCAGCGUGUAACUAACACAGCAGUUUACCUCGUUUCCAGAUUUGGUGUACAGUUCCUGGUGUUACCUAAGUAUGAUCGCAUAAUGAGAAAGUACAACAUCCAGCCAUCAGUGUCCAUGCAUGAUCUGGUUCAGAACAGUCGACUCUGGAUGUUGUGUACUGACUUGGCACUGGAGUUUCCACGACCCACUCUACCACAUGUAGUCUAUGUAGGGGGCAUCCUCACCAAACCCCCCAGCCCCUUGCCACAGGAGUUUGAAGCCUGGGUGAAGGACACAAAUGGUUUCGUGGUGGUGUCGUUUGGUGCAGGAGUGAAGUAUCUGUCAGAUGACAUUGCUCAGAAACUUGCAGGAGCCUUGAGCCGUCUACCUCAGAGAGUUAUCUGGAGGUUCUCUGGAGUUCCUCCCUCUAAUCUUGGCAACAAUACAAAACUAGUGGAGUGGAUGCCACAGAAUGACCUGCUGGGUCAUAGACACAUACGGGCCUUUUUGAGCCAUGGGGGCUUGAACAGUAUCUAUGAGGCAAUGUAUCACGGCGUGCCUGUGGUGGGUGUUCCACUGUUUGGAGAUCACUACGACACCAUGACUCGGGUUCAGGCCAAAGGCAUGGGCUUAAUGCUGGAGUGGAAAAGAAUGAGCGAGGAAGACCUUUAUACUGCCAUGAUCAGUGUCAUUACAGACACAAGGUAUCGUGAGCAGGCACAGUUGUUGUCUCAGAUUCAUAAAGAUCAGCCUGGUCAUCCAGUGAGUCGAGCGGUUUACUGGAUUAGCUAUAUACUCCGUCACCAUGGCGCUAAACACCUCCGCUCUGCAGUCUACGAGAUCUCCACCUACCAGUACUUCUUAUUGGAUGUUACUGUGGUGACAGGAGUGUGCCUGGUUCUCAUCUGUUACUGCCUAUACCAAAUAGGGAAGUUCAUCCGAUUACGGCUGGGGCGUGGUUCAACUCCACUGGAGAAGGUUAACGGACACUGUCAUAAUGGAAUUCCAAAUGGCAAGCACAAAAAAAAUUGCCAUGAUAGAAGUAUAGAGAAGAAACUAAAAACAGGGCCUAUCCAGGAAAUAAACACAUGAGUCAGUAAACAAAGAAACAAACCAACUAGAAUAAGAACGGACUGGAAGUGGGAAGCCAAAGAAAGGAUGGAAGAAAGAAAGAAAUGAAAGCAGAAAACAUAUAUGGAAAACUUCUGAGGAUGUUUCUUUCCCUGUUGAAUGGAGUUAAUGUUCAUCUUUGGUCCUGCAUGUUGAGUUUAUCCUUGUGGAGAAAGCAUCAUUUUUGAAGUUUAGAAAUUCAUGUUUUUAACAAAAAGCUAUUCUGCUGUGGGGCAUCUGGUUUUCUACAUAUCCAAAUACUACAGAGAUCUAUAUCUAAUUAUUUAUGGAACUAUAACAGUUUUUUUGGGAAAUUCCAAACAAAAAAAUAUUUAUGUUUCACGCACACCAUCCCCAAUUUGUCUUCAUCCUUUUCAGGCAUGUUGAUUCACCGAUGUUAACAAUGCUAGCUGCAAAUUUGCUUGUGUUUAGCCUAACCCUAGCACAUUUUGCUUAAAACCGCAUUGCUUGUAGGCAAUAACAUAAUCUCUAGCUGCUAGUUAGCUGCUAGCUGCUAAUGCUGCUAGUUAAAAUGCGAAAGAUUUUAUUGAAUAGCUGUGUGAAAAUAGAAAUCCUGAUUAAUGUGGGAUGCGAGGGAUAGGUUGAGUUUUGUUGUUCUCAGCUAAUGUUAUCUACCGAGUUGAUAGCACAGCUGUAGUUUCUCUUCAGACGUUUCUCUUCACAUGUGAGUCCUCUUGUUGACAGAUCAAAAUGACAGAUUUUAUUCAAAUUGUUAAGCCAUUUUAUGUUUUAAAGUUUGAAUCCUUCAAUUAUUUAUUCACUUUAUGGUUUCUUUUAUUCAGAGGAACAUUACAUUUUUCUAAAUGGGGGAGGGAGUGCAUAUGUGUCUCAAAAUAUUCCAAACAGACAACAUUUUAUUUUAAAAACUUUUUAUUGAAUGCAUAUCAGGGGUGUGUUGAAAUCAAAGCAAAAUAACUGUUUGCUGACUUGCCCUUACACCUUCCCACAAAUCAAUAGGUCUAGUGUGACCUGAAGGAUUUUGGUACUGUAACUAACAUUACCCAUGGUGCUCUACUGAGUCUUUUAAUCGUCAGCCAAGUUCUGUGAAAGGCAAUAUGGUAACAUUUGUUUGUUUAUUUUUUCUUAUACAAAAAUGACUUAAUGCCUCACAUCAGGAGCUUUGAUAGAUUGCAAUAGACAGGACCUCUGCCACUUAUUUGUGCUUUAAAGUGCAUUCUCACCCAGAGGUUUUAUUUAAAACAUUGCCAUUGGGCAACUUGAUUUUAUAAAAUCACAUGCUGGUUUUACAACUAAAUGUUGGACUGGAGUGUUACUAGUAAUAGUUUCAGAUUGGUAGUGUAUGAUUGUUUUAAAUGCACCAAAACAUUUGGAAGUCAAACUUGAUUAAUGAAAAAUGUUAUCACAAAGUAGUAACUUACAUUGAAAUUCUUAAGUAUGACAUCAUGCUUUGUAAGGAUUUUAAUGUCUUAUAAAAGGAUUGUAAGAACAUGAAAUUGUAAGAAUGUAAAAUUAACUAUUAAAGGAAUAGAGAGAUGUUGUAGAUUGAGGCCUAGCACACUUGGACAUUGUGAUUUCAGUAUGCUGGGUUCUAACUCUUAAUGUCUACCAGAAUUACAGUACACUGUCGAGAAUAUGAUAUCAGCAAUUUGUAUCAAUGCCUUGUAACACACAAUGGGGUCCAAAAGUCUGAGUCCACUAUCAGCUGAUAAGUUUUUAAAAAUGAACAUGCGAUUCUUAGUAUGUUUAAUGACAACAUGCACAGGUGCUGGCAUGAAAUCCACAGGUUUAUGAAAAACAUAAUGAUCCAUAUUAUCCCAGCAUGAUUUGAAAAUGUUCACAAGAGCAUCAUGUGAUGUUAUUGAAUGCUUGUUUUUUUUGUUUUUUUACCUUUUAUACAAAGAAGUUAACAUGGUCAAUGUCACAAAUGUGCAUACAUCUUAUUAGUGACCUAGAAAUAACAUUUAUAAUUUAUUUAUGUUUUAGUGAAAUUUAAAUCCUAUAUGUUCAGUGUGGAGAAUUUAGACCCCACUUUAUUGGCAUUGUUUCUUGCAUUAUGAAGAGAUUGUACUGUAGAUGUUAUAAGUUCUUGUAAAGUGUGUUAUAAUACAUAAAAACUGCACUAUCAAGGUUUACCACUAUUCAUAAAACCUUAUUUAUGUCAGACAGAGUCAGAUCCCAGACACCAAACAGUCAAUGGCAUAGAAAAGUACCAACACCAAGAAUCAAAACCAUAACAAGCUAAACAAAAAUUCAGUGAAGGCAUAAUCAUUUGAGACCGUUUUAACCACGAGGUUUAAAGCAUUUCUUCAGCCAAGCACUGUUUAAGACUGUCCAUACUUGAAAAUACACUGGCUACAAUAUGGCUGCAAAUGCUUCAGAGCUAUGACUGGUGAAACAGUGAUGCACAUUCACACACUUAGAAGAUUAGAAUUAUUUUCUCGUUGUUUGUUUUGUAUGAUUUUCAGUAUUAAUAUAAGAUGGUUAACAGAGUAAAAGGCUCUAACCUUAAAGACUGAGUGUGUGUAAGUCUGUUUGAUUGACUUUGUGAUCAAGUGAUUUCCUAUGUGCAUGUGUCUGUGUGUAAGUUUGAAUGGGGUUGCUUGAGCCUAUUUGUGUCUAGCUUUCACUCUAUAUACUGGUAAUUUAUAACCAAUGCUAGUUCAUCAACAUCAAUACCUUUCUUUGCCUCUCAUUGUCUUUAUUUAUCAAGUUCUUGUUUCUUGUAGGCAUAGCUUUUAAUGCAGGAAUUUAGUUUUUAUUUUAUUUUUCAUAAUGAUUUUAAGUUGUCUUUUAUGUGUGUCUGUGUUGUCAUGUACAUAAAAAGACAAACAAUAAUACUAAUGUUAAAUAAACAUUAAAUAUUUUGUUUGCUUAUGCCUGUUUUCUGAUGAUUCUCUCUUGAUUGUGAUGCAAGUUAACCUGUAACACCAAAGGAAAUUUAGUGAGACUAGUCUGGAACUCAGAGUGCACUUGCACACCGUCUCAUUUCAGUUCUCAAGUUCCACUAUCCUGAAGUGCUUUGUCUCAUUUUUUUCCCAUGACCUCAUUGAUGGUCAUGCCUAGAUGGGAACCCUUGUUCUGAGAAAUUCUUACAAAUGCUGCUACCAAAUUGCCACAUUUUCAUCACUCACUGUUUACCUGAUAUAAAUGAUGAGGAGCCUUGAAAACUGGGCUGUCUGUCUUUUUGUAGUGGUGUGUGUUUGUGUGCCUAGUAAUGUUUAUCUCAUUCAGCUGCAGAAUGUUAGAAUGCUAAAAUUGUAUGUCUUUCUUCACAUUUUUGAAAUUUUCUUUCUUUGUUGCCUAUUGCUUGUUCAAACUGCUAUUUUUCAAGAUUGUAAUAAUUAUAAUAAAAUUAAUUCAUUUCUUUUGUUUA